CUGGGGAAUCUGCCGCCGCCGCCACUACCGCCUCCUCCUCCUCCUCUUCCCGCUCCUCCUCUGCAACAGACAAGACUUCUCCGAAAUACAAUGUUUGACGGUUCCCUCCUGCCCCUCCUUUUAUUUCCUUUGCUGCUGCUACUGUUUUGGGGACCGGACACCAGCGCAGCCUCCGGAGCCUCCUCGGAGCUGCAAGUGGUUCUUCCCCGGCGGCUGCGGCCUGCGGACACUCACCUGCCGGGAGGGCUGGACCCCGGAGUCCGAGCCCCCCAGCCCGGCGGCCUCCUCCUGCACCUGCCGGCCUUCGGACGGGACCUCUACCUGCAGCUGCACCGGGACCUGCGCUUCCUCUCCCGGGACUUCGUGGUAGAGGAGGCAGGGGAGGCCCGGACCCUGCUGCCCAGGCCCCAGCGCUGCUUCUACACCGGACACGUGCUGGGCUACGACCAUUCCUUUGCCUCCGUCAGCGCCUGCGGAGGACUGAUCGGCUAUAUCCAGAUUGGACAAGAGCAGAUGCUAAUACAACCAGUGAACAGUUCUGUUCAGACCUCAUUCAGUGGAAGAGAACACUUUGUGAGACGCAAACGUUCUGCAAAACCCAGCCAUCUUGCUAAACCACAGAUUUCUGAUGAACUCUGCCAAGUUGUAACAGAAAAAAAGAAGCAAAAGAAGACUAAAUCUACUAGUGACUGGAGGGAGAGAAGAAAUGCCAUUAGACUUACCAAUGAAUACACUGUGGAAACCCUGGUUGUGGCUGAUGCUGAUAUGGUCCAAUACCACGGUGCUGAAGCGGCACAGAGAUUCAUCCUUACAGUUAUGAACAUGGUAUACAACAUGUUUCAACACCAGAGCCUGGGAAUUAAAGUGAACAUUCAAUUGACCAAGUUAGUGCUGCUUCGAAACCGCCCUGCCACGCUGUCAAUUGGGCAUCAUGGAGAGAGAUCUUUGGAGAGUUUCUGUCAAUGGCAAAAUGAAGAGUUUGGGGGUGCAAAAUAUCUUGGCAAUAACCAAGUUCCUGGUGGGAAGGAUGAUACCCCUCAAGUGGAUGCUGCUGUUUUUGUGACCAGGACAGAUUUCUGUGUACACAAAGAUGAGCCAUGUGACACUGUGGGAAUUGCUUACUUGGGAGGUGUGUGCAGCGCUAAACGGAAAUGUGUGCUUGCUGAGGAUAAUGGCCUCAAUUUGGCCUUCACCAUUGCUCAUGAGCUUGGUCACAACAUGGGAAUGAGCCACGAUGAUGACCAUUUGUCCUGUGCUGGAAGAUCACAUAUAAUGUCAGGAGAAUGGGUCAAAGGCAGGAACCCCAGUGAUCUCUCCUGGUCUUCCUGCAGUCGAGAUGACCUGGAAAGCUUCCUCAAAUCAAAAGUCAGCAUGUGUCUGCUGGUGACUGACCCCAGGAGUCAGUAUGCUGUCCGGCUUCCUCAUAAACUCCCUGGCAUGCACUACAGUGCAGAUGAACAGUGCCAAAUCCUCUUUGGAACCAAUGCAACUUUCUGUAAGAACAUGGAGCAUUUGAUGUGUGCAGGCCUGUGGUGCCUUGUGGAAGGAGACACAUCCUGCAAAACCAAGCUGGAUCCUCCUCUAGAUGGCACUGAAUGUGGCGCCGACAAGUGGUGCCGUGCUGGGGAGUGUGUCAGUAAAACUCCCAUCCCGGAGCACGUGGAUGGAGACUGGAGCCUGUGGAGCCCAUGGAGUAUGUGUAGCAGGACUUGUGGGACAGGAGCCCGGUUUAGGCAGAGAAAAUGCGACAAUCCCCCGCCGGGGCCAGGAGGCACACAUUGCUGGGGAGCAAAUGUGGAACACACAAUUUGCGAGAACUUACCCUGCCCUAAGGGAGUACCUAGCUUCAGGGACCAGCAGUGCCAGACCCAUGACCGAUACAGCAACAAGAAGAAAGGUUUAUUGACAGCUGUUGUUAUAGACGAUAAGCCAUGUGAGCUCUUCUGCUCUCCCCUGGGAAAGGAGUCUCCGGUUCUGGUGGCAGACAGAGUCCUCGAUGGUACACCCUGUGGACCUUACGAGACUGAACUCUGUGUACAUGGCAAGUGCCAGAAAAUUGGCUGUGAUGGGAUCAUUGGUUCGGCUGCCAAAGAAGAUCGCUGUGGAAUCUGUAAUGGAGAUGGCAAAACCUGCAAAGUGGUGAAAGGCGAUUUCAACCAUACCAAGGGGAUGGGUUAUAUCGAAGCUGCUGUGAUCCCUGCAGGUGCCCGUCGGAUACGAGUGGUCGAAGAUAAACCUGCUCACAGUUUUUUGGCUCUCAAAGACUCCAGUAAGAAAUCCAUUAACAGUGACUGGAAGAUUGAGCUUCCCGGUGAGUUUCAGAUCGCAGGCACCACUGUCCGCUACGUACGAAGGGGUCUAUGGGAGAAAAUCUCUGCCAAGGGACCAACUAAAAUACCACUGCACUUGAUGGUGUUGUUAUUUCAUGACCAAAAUUAUGGAAUUCAUUACGAAUACACCAUUCCUGUAAACUCUACUGCUGAAAACCAGAGUGAGCCAGAAAAGCAACAGGAAUCUUUGUACAUCUGGACCCACAGCGGAUGGGAAGGAUGCAAUGUGCAGUGUGGAGGAGGGGAACGAAAAACCAUUGUAUCUUGCACUAAGAUCAUUAAUAAGUCCAUGACACUGGUGAAUGAUAGUGAAUGCCAACGUGUGACUCGCCCAGAGCCCCAGGUCCGGAGAUGCAACCCACACCCUUGUCAGUCACGGUGGGUAGCAGGGCAGUGGAGCCCCUGCUCAGCAACCUGUGAAAAGGGUGUCCAGCACCGGGAAGUUACUUGCGUUUAUCAGUUGCAGAAUGGCACCUAUGUUAACACCAGAGACCUCUACUGCCUGAGUCCUAAACCAACACCAGUGCAGAGCUGUGAAGGUCGUGAUUGCCUUUCGAUCUGGGAGGCAUCUGAGUGGUCAAAGUGUUCCGCAGACUGUGGCAAGGGGACUCAGAAGCGCACGGUGACUUGCACCAACUCCCAAGGGAAAUGUGAUGCAGCUACAAGACCAAGGGAAGAAGAUGCAUGUGAAGACUACACAGGCUGCUACGAGUGGAAAACGGGAGACUGGUCAAAGUGCUCCUCAACCUGUGGAAAGGGCCUGCAAUCCCGGGUGGUACAGUGUAUGCACAAAGUCACUGGGCGCCACGGCAGUGAGUGUCCCAUCCUCUCCAAGCCAGCUGCCUACCGACAGUGCCACCAGGAGGUGUGCAACGAGAAGAUCAACGUCAAUACCAUCACAUCCCCUCGACUUGCUGCCCUAACAUACAAGUGCACCGGAGACCAGUGGACAGUGUACUGCAGGGUGAUCCGGGAGAAGAAUCUCUGCCAGGACAUGAGGUGGUACCAGCGCUGUUGCCAGACAUGCAGAGACUUUUAUGCCAACAAGAUGCAGCAGAAGAGCUAAUGGGCCCUCACCACUGGCUAGACUGAAUACUACAACAGCCGGAUCGAAUUCAUAGACUAGUAGGUCUAAGAACUGGAACUCAAUGAGUAAUGACAAAGUGGUGGAUCCCAAAGCACUCCUAAUUAGGUAAAAAAAAAUACUUCUGCAGGCUGGAUAUACCAAAGCAGUCCACCCAUCCACCUUCCCAACCACAGCCAAGUCAUCUCAAGAAUCCAAUGAUGUAGAGUUUUAUUGUGGAUUGACUUCAUAACACUUGUCAAUAAUGGUUUUACUUAAUAUAUAUUGCUAAUAGCCACUGGCUGGCUUUUCUACCGUUAAAGGAAAAAAAAAGACAAAAGUCACUAAAUAGCUUUCCUUAUUAAGAUUUUGUAUACCUCAAAGGGGAAAACUUCUGGUCAUUAACCCAUAAGAGGUAUAGCCAUCACUUAACAUUUUGAGCUUGGCUUUUUGUUAACAUUUUGAGUGCCCAGGAGCCUGGCGUGAACCUGCCAUGAGAAAAAAAGCAAAAAAAAAAAGUUUCAUUACAAAAGGAGGUUUUUCUUAAAGGCCCAUGAAAACUGUUAGUAGAGAGGAAAACGUCCCUGAACCUUCAGCCAAUAAUGACUUUGGAGAAAGUGCAGAACAGCAUCUGACAUUCUUUUUAUUGAAACAUCUCUAAAACGGGAUUUUGUACUCUCUGUUCUGAAAAUGCGUUUUGAAAAAAUGAGUUGGUCUUUGAUGUUCUAUCUGCCUUUAAGACUUUAAAUCCUGGUAACCUAAUAAGCCCAGUGGCACCCCAUUACAUUAAGCAAAAUUGCUCGCUUCAGGAGAACUACCCAGACAAUGGUUUUGAGUUGUAAAAGUUUUUGGAUGGUUCUGAUCUUCUUAGGGGGAAAAAAAAUUACUGUAAUGAAACAACAAAAUUCCUUCGAGGUACUGUGAAAUUAAUGUAAUUGGUGCCAAGCCUGGAACUGAGCUCAGAGCGACUUCAGCAGAUCAAUGGGAGUGGACUAGGUUUCCCAUUGGGUCUGAAUGAAUACAGGGCUUCAGAGAGCUUUUUUGACAUAAAUACAGCAAGCCGUAAGCGAGGCUGUGUUUAAAUGCUUCCUCUUUAUUUCUAUAGUGUCUCUGAGUAUACCUUAUUUCAGAGCCACAAAAUUGUGCUAUUUAAGUCAUACUUUCCAUGUUUAGAUUUGAAUAGAGUGGGCUUAAAGUCAGUCCAUAAAACUUGGGAUGUAGCACCAGAUCUACAAUCCUGACACAUUUUACUGAAGGCUUGGCAAAUUUUCUCGGUACCCUCCUCUGUCAUUCUCAAAGUGCUCUCCUUGUUUGUGGCAUGAGUAGAGGUUGCCUAGGGAAUUUCAGCUUUUCACUCAAUUCCAGACUCUGUUCUUAGUUUAUUGCUAUUAUUUACCAUAUCUGUGACAAGGGAGAGAGGCUGAUACAGAAAAAGCCUAUCCUCAGACUGCCUUUUUAAGAAUCACAAGGGAAUGGAAAGUUAGUACCUGUGAUAUGAGGAUACACACACACAAAGAAUACAUUGUGUGCCAGCCAUGCCCUGGAAAGGCAGAACUGACAAAAAUGGAAAUUCAGACAAAGUGUCCUCAUAAAGAGGGGAUGACAUGGGUGCUUCUAUUUGAAAAUGGUGCUAUAAGAGACAAAUUGCUCCUACCUUCUAUUACAGAUGAUAUUGCUUAGAUCUAAUGAGCCAAUAGACUUUUCCAAUGGCUAUGUGAAAUUCCACCUGAUGUAAUGGUGCUCUGUUUAUUUUUUGUCAGUGUAAAUUCAGAUUUAAUUAUGUAGCAUAAUUCAAAAGGAAAACCUCUACCUAUUGCCACCUCUUUGUGGUGCUUAAUUCCCAACCUGCUUGGAAAUCCUAGGAAAGUUUGGGAAAGAUUUCAGUUAUUCUUGUUUUAUGUCCUUCUCUCAAAAAACAGGAGAAAUGUCAGGGCUUGAUGCAGCACAGUCUGAAAUGUCAGAACUCAACACUUUCCCUGCCCUCUCCUCAAAUACAUCCUGCUCUUUCAUUUCCCCUGGCAGGCUAUAAUGUAAACAGUUGCCUGCUUCCCCUCUUUCUACACCCACCAAUCCUUUGCAUUGUCCAUAACCUUUUGUUUUUAAAAACCAUCAGUGACAUUCUUUAGGAGUUGGGUCUUGCUUUUUUCCCUGUCUUGCUUAGUUCAAUCUGUCCUUGUUUCUUAUCCAUUUCUAUACCAAUCUAGAGAAAUUGUUUCAUGGUAGUUUCUUAACUGAGUAAUGCAACUAUACCAACUACUUGAAGUUUGGGGGCAGGUUUCUGAAAGUGGACAAAGUUUACACCACAUGCAGAUUUGCUAGAGUUGUCUUCAGACACCUAACCUAUCCACUGAAUGCCUGCACCUCCUUCCUCCUCCUGCCUUUGCACGUAGAAUCCAGGUGAUCUUCGGCCUGUGGGUGAUCUCUGCAGGGUCAAAACCCCAGUACGCUAACGUUAAAUUCUGUUAAAUGUUCCACUACUUGUGCUUUGGAUUAUUUCCUGGGAGUUUGUCACUAGACCAAAUGAUGCUACUAGAAACUUCACCAAUAUGCCCUCUGCUCAGUUAUUCCAAAGAUGUGUAAAAAGGCCGAUUCAUUUCAGUGUAGCUCUUGUCCAUUUCUUCAUUUAACCCCUAGGAAAUGGAUGUUCUGUGAUUACAACAGUGGUAUUUCUAUAUGGUCAACAACACUCUGUACUGUUACUCUUGUACUGUACAUUCUAAGUUGCACAAAUGUGUUAUCGAUUCUCACUAUCUCGCAUAUGGUGCUAUUUUUAUUGGUGAAAAAGAAAUCUUAGCAGUUGACUAUGCUUGAUAUUUUAUUAUAAUACAGGGAUAUAUCCUCAAUGGCAAUAAUACCAUUUAAUUUCUCAUUACAGAGUCAAGUGUAUAUAUUUUUCCACUAGUUAACUGACAUUAUGUACUGUAUCCGUGGUAUUUUUAUUUUUAUUUUAUUUUUUUUUGGUGCUGGCUUUGAAAAAAACCCACAAAUUGAGCAGAUUGGAAACAGUUGUAAAUGAAUGAAAAAAUGCAUUUUCAAGUAGAUUGAAUAUGUUUAAUAAAAUAUUUUUUCCAUAACAAUUUUAAUAAGGUUUGUGAACUUAAGAGACGAGUGCCUAUCGCUUCCCUGUGAAAGGACGGCACAGUGAGGCUGUAAUCCAUUAUGCGUUGGUCUGAUCCUUCCUUGGGAUUUGGACUGAAAUGAGUCCACAGCUCUCCGAUGACAGCUGUGGUAGGUGUAAAAGGUCACUGGAAAUGAAAUCCUGGCGGGAUGUGGCUCCCCAAGUGCUAACAAAUCAUUAAAUCCUGGGUCUCAUCCCUGUGGGGCUGCAAAGUAAUGUACGGGGAAUGUUAAUAUAUGACAGCUGCCAAGCGAAAUCCUCUGUGUGUCUGACACAGAACAGCAGAGACUUGGCUGAUGAAAUAAAUUAUGCUAGAGUUGGGGGAACCGACGGCUUCUCAGAAUCGAGCUUUUGCUUCACCAGCGAUGGGUCUGAAAGCAUAGCCUCCUCGGGUCGGUGCAUUUUGGACUCAUAGGGCAGGGCCCUUCUUGCUAAAUGUCACUGCGGAGGACUGUCAGUGGGGUGCCAUUUGGGAGUCUCUCAAUGCCAUCCCCUCUGAAAAUGGCUUCUCUCGGGACUCAGCCCAGUGCAUCCCACCCCCAGCUCGAUCCCUUUCCAACUCUCCGUCCUUCCAGUGCCAGAAAAGAGACUGGGGAGUAGAAAGAAAUAG